UGACGGACGGCGGCCUGUGGAGCGCGGGGACCUGGGCCGCCGCGGCCGGCGGAGGUCUUCUCCAGGGCCUGCGGAGAAGACACCCUUGAGCCCACUGCGCCUCCGGGCUCGGGCUGGGCGCGCCCCCGCGGUGUGCGGCCCGGUCGUGCGGCCCCGGCGGUCGGCGUCUGUAAGUUGGGUGAGGGCCGCGGAGGCCCGCCCCGGCGCCCGGAGGCGGCCGAGAGGCUCUUGUGGCCGAGCGCGGCUCGUGAGGGCCGCCGAGUUUUCCUGGAGAGCAGCGGCCCCGCGGGCAGGGGUUGGAGCGCGGGCGAGCCGCGGCGCCUGUAGGCCGUGCAGCGCCCCGAGCCCCCGGGGCCUGGGGAGCGGCCCGGGUCUCCCGGAUCCGGGCAGCGAGUGCCCCGGUCCCCGGCUCUGAAGCAAAACAGGGCGGUCGUCGCGCGGAGCCGCCUGGGCCUCUCAGCCAUGAAGGCGGAGACAGGAUCCGCGUUCCAGGCGACCCCAGGGGGGUCCGGCUGUGGCCUCAGUAAUCUGCUGAGCAGCCGGAAGCUGAUGGCCGUAGGGGUCGUGCUCUGUUGGCUCCUGGUCAUCCAGUUUCUGGUCAACGUGUGGCUCCUGUGCCUUCUGUGUGCAUUGCUGGCGGUGCUGGGAGGAUGGCUGGGCUCAGACGCCGUGGUGGGGGCUUCAGGUCGACUGCACUUGGAACGCUUCAUCCCGAUGGCCGUCUGCGCUCCCAACCCUGAGGCAGAGAAGCAGUUGGAACAGGAGAUCAACCGCACCAUCCAGAUGAUUGUUCGAGACUUUGUGUCAUCCUGGUAUCGCUCAGUGAGCCAGGAGCCAGCCUUCGAGGAAGAAAUGGAGGCAGCCAUGAGAGGGUUGGUCCAGGAACUCCGGAGGAGGAUGGGCGUGGUGGACAGUCGUGCUCUCGCCCAGAGGGUUCUGACGCUCUGCGGUUGUCACCUGCAGAGCUAUAUUCAGGCAAAGGAGGCCGCCGCAGGGAAGCAGAGUGGUACUGUGGAGCCCUCCCAGCUCUGGGAGGCUUACUGCCGGGCUGCUGCCCCACACCCUGCUGUACAAAGCCCCAGUGCUGAGGUCGCCUAUACACGGGGCACUGUGAAUUUGUUGCUUCAAGGGCUGGUACCAAAGCCCCACUUAGAGACCCGGACCGGACGCCAUGUGGUGGUGGAACUCAUUACUUGCAAUGUUAUCUUACCGCUCAUCAGCAAGCUGUCAGAUCCUGACUGGAUCCACCUUGUACUCGUGGGCAUCUUUUCCAAGGCAAGAAAUAAUCCGGCAGGAGUGGUUAAACCACUCCGCCCAGGAAGUGCCCUGGAACAUCCCACAGUGCCUACAUCUCUGCCACUGAUUGUUGAAGUACAGAACCUACCAGAAGUGAGAGCCCCUUCUCCAGCAGCAGCCCCAGUGCUCCUAAACUGUAGGGAGCCAGAGGGGUCUUCACGCCGCUCCCCAGAAGUUGAAGAAGGCCAUGAAGCUAUAGAGGGAGAUUUGGGUGGAGUGCCAGAAGAAAGAAAGGUAGGAAAUAACUCAUCUCAUUUCCUACAGCCAGAUGUUGGAGGCCCCCUGUUCUUAUGUGAAGAUGCAGAGCUGGAGUCUCCAUUGUCUGAACUGGGCAAAGAAACCAUCAUGCUCAUGACCCCAGGCAACUUCCUCUCUGACAGGAUCCAGGAUGCCCUGUGUACCUUAGGGGGUUCCCAGUCUCCAGAGUCUAAGGAUGGUGAAGGAUCUGAAGGAAUUGAAGAAGCAGAGCCUGAGGAGGGUCCAGAGUCAGGCCUCCUGGUCUCCAUGCUGAAUUCCUGCCCAGAGAUCCAGAUUGACACAGCAGACAAGGAGGUAGAGCAAGGAGAUGUCACCUCUCUUACACCUUUGCUGGCAGGUUCGGAAAGGACCUGCCCCCCACGACCCUCAUGCUUAGAGAAGGAUCUCACCAAUGAUGUGAGCUCCCCAGAUCCUAGUCUGCCACAGGUUCUGCUUUCCUCCUCUCCACCCGGUCCUCUCAGCUCAGCCACCUUCAGCUUUGAGCCCCUGAGCAGUCCAGAUGGACCUGUUGUCAUCCAGAACCUUCGAAUCACUGGCACUAUUACUGCUCGAGAGCACAGUGGCACCGGAUUCCACCCAUACACACUCUACACAGUGAAGUAUGAGACAGCGCUUGACAGUGAGAACAGCAGCGGCCUGCAGCAGUUGGCCUACCACACUGUGAAUCGCCGCUACCGCGAAUUCCUGAAUUUGCAGACCCGUCUGGAGGAGAAAUCAGAUCUGCGAAAGUUCAUCAAAAAUGUGAAGGGUCCUAAAAAACUCUUUCCAGAUCUUCCAUUUGGAAACAUGGAUAGUGACAGAGUAGAAGCCCGUAAGAGCCUCCUGGAAUCAUUCUUAAAGCAACUGUGUUCCAUUCCUGAGAUCGCUAACAGUGAGGAGGUGCAGGAGUUCCUUGCUCUGAACACAGAUGCUCGUAUUGCCUUUGUCAAGAAACCGUUCAUGGUCUCCAGGAUAGACAAGAUGGUGGUGAGUGCUAUCGUGGACACCUUGAAGACAGCAUUUCCUCGCUCCGAACCCCAGAGCCCCACAGAGGAGCUGAGUGAGGCCGAGACAGAAAGCAAGCCCCAGACAGAAGGCAAGAAGGCUAGCAAGUCCAGACUGAGGUUCUCAUCCAGUAAAAUUGCUCCAGCACUGAAUAUGACUGAAGCACAUGAGAAGAUUCUCUAUUGUCUCCAGGAAGGCAGUGUGGAGUCAGAGAUACUAUCCAUGUCUGGAAUGGAAUCCUUUAUUGAAAAACAGACAAAGUUACUAGAAAUGCAGCCAGCAGAAACCCCAGAAAAAGAUCCUGAACAAAUUCCCCAAGGAUGUGUGGAUGGUUACUUGUCACAUGCAGCUGUGCCAGCCCAAGACCUCAGCCACGGGGAUCCAGGAACAGAGACAGCGUUAGCUGACACAGCCCUGGAUCUGCUUCUCUUGCUGCUAAUGGAACAGUGGAAGUGGUUAUGUACGGAAAACAUGCAAAAAGUUCUUCAUCUUAUCUUUGGGACCCUGAUUCAGAGUAUUUUCCAGGUUUACUGGUGCUCCUGGGUACAUGGGUGGGGAGAGCUACUGGAAUCAAGUAGUGCCUUUCCUCAUGAGAAGAACUUUUGAAUCAGGGUAAGUUCCUCACUUUUCCAUCCUCCUCCCCUGACACUUCACUAGAACCGCACCUCUAGUUAGCUGGGUAGAUGGCUGUCUGGUGAAUGGAAACGAGGAAAACCCACAUGUAGCUCAUGCCGUAAAAAAAAAAUCAGGGAGAAGACUUACAGCUGAAUUUCCCUUGACUUUCUUUUCACUUUUUUUUUAAUGGGAUAGCAUCUCUAUUUGUUAAAGGGGGGAAUUUUUUAAUAUAUUUAGUGAAUUUGAAUGAAACCAAUAUGAAUAUUGUGGAAGAACAGAAUUUUGUGGCUAGCUGCUUUUGGAAAAUUCUUUGUAACUGUGGUCUCUUACCUUUGUUCAUCAUAGAUAUUUCCAGGUGAUGAUUUUUUUUGUACUUGUUCAGUUGUCUCAUAUCCCUUCCUGACAAACAGUUUUUACUUAUAUCUGAUGAAACUUUAUCCUUAAGUCCAUUUUGUUUCGUAUUAGCUGCAACGGAAAUAGGAACACACUUGGUUGACACCUCCUCACCCUAAGCCUCCAUAGACUAGAAUUAAGUGAAGAGUCUUAUCUUUCCCUGUUCAAGGCCUUUCAUCUUUCCCUAUGAAUCAUUAUUUCCAUCUUUUUAAUGGUAAUCUUGGCCCUCUUCUCAAAUAUCUUGUGCUGGGUCCACAGUGUUCCUGAAGUUUUUUUUUAAGAUAGGAAUCAAGAAGUCAUGGGUAUCCAGAGAAAGAAUCCCAAUUCCCCCUCCAGAGACUCGAAGGAUCUGAUGCCUGUGGCUCAUGGUCUCUUACCAGCAAGUUCCCAUGUGCAUAGUACACGUGGAAAAGACAGGGCUUAUUUAAGAAUUCAGAGUAUAGACAUUGAUCAUCUUAUCAGCUUCAGGAUAUUUACUAUCCAGCAAACAUUGAUUGAGAGUUGAAUUUGUGCAGACACUGUGCUGAACACUAACUAUAAGCAUAUUGUAUCAUUUAAUCCCCUCAAAAGCUCUGUAAGAGAGGUAUUAUGAACGCAAUUUCAAAGAUGAGGAAACUCAGGAUUUCCAAGAAUUGGUUAUUUAACCAAGAUCACAGAGGUGGUAAGUAUCACAGGCAGAAUCUGAACCCAGGUUUGUUUGAUUUUCAGCUAUAAUGACUGAGGGAUAAAAGCCACCCCAAAAAUCUUUGACUCGGAAGAGUAUACAUUCCCCAAGAGAAGAUGAUCAUUUAGUUUGUAAAAUCCAAGCCGCGUUUCCAUGUAUGCACACUCACAUAUAACACAAAGGGACCUGCAACAUCCUGAAGUCAGCCAUGUUACUUGUCCCCUGGACAGCUUGAAUUUUUUAUUUUUGAAAAGAAGUUCAUGCAGUGCUACAUUCUUUGGCUUUAUUUGCUUUGGUAAACAAAUAAGCUGGAAUUUGAUAUCUCCCCAAAGCUGCAGCACCUCACCCCUCCACCUGCCUCUGCUACCCCCUACAAGAAGUGUGGUAUAGUCCCAGCCCAGUUCAGUGUUGACCUCUCUGAUACUGUCCCCAUGACUGCUGCCUAGGAAGCAGCAUGCUUGUUCUCUCUCUGACACCACAAGUAUCUGAGCUGUAUCCUUUUGCAGAGUACUUGGGUUCUAUUUCUUUAAGUUCUGCACUUUAAAGAGAAGAAUAGUUGAUAUUGAUGCCACAGGUAGCUACUGCUGCUGCUCUAGUUAUCUUGAACACACUGCAGUUUUGGCAUCAGGGAUGGUACAGCCAUCUAGAUUUAGAUGCAUCUCCUCCUUAGAAUGUCAUCUUCUAACCUCCAGCAUUAUCAUCGCCAAGAAGAUAAGUUAAUUUCUUCUGCUUUCAGCUUUGUUUACUCUCCUUGCUCCCUUAAAAGACUUAUAACAUAACUGCCUUGGAUGCCAAGGACUCCUGCCAAAUCCUAAGCGUGCACUCUCUCACUCUCGCGUGCUCUCUCU